GCAUUUGUGCCUAAACAAGAGGAGAUUUGCAUGGACUGGCAGCAAAGACAGAGACCCGGAGCAGGACUCUGCAACCUGGGCAGUACUUGCUACAUCAAUGUCAUCCUGCAGUGCCUGACAUACACACCUCCUCUGGCCAACUACCUGCUCUCUCGUGACCAUAGCCAGUUAUGUCAUCGGCAAGGCUUCUGCAUGAUGUGCAUCAUGGAAGCACAUGUUAGGAAAGUCCUGCACUCUUCAGCCAAUGUUAUCUGGCCUAGGGCUGUUGUCAGGGACCUCAAAUUCAUAGGAGAAGAAUUUGAGCCUGACAUGGCCGGAGACGCCUAUGAGUUCUUACGCUGCGCUCUUGAGGCCAUGCAGAGAGCUUGUCUGAGUGGAAGCAGCAAUGUGGACAUCUCUUCUCAAACAACUACUAUCAUCCAUCAAAUAUUUGGGGGCUUUCUGAAAUCCAGAGUCACAUGCUUGAGGUGCCAAGCAGUUUCUGAUUCCUACAAGGCCUUCCUGCAUGUCCUUUUGGAUAUCAAAGCACCCUCAUCCCUCACCAAAGCUCUGGAGAACUUUGUGACACCUAAGAGUCUGGAUGGAAAAUGCUGCCUCAAAUGUAGCAAGUGUGAGAAGAAGGUAACCGCCUCUAAGAGGGUUACAGUCCAUUGUGUGCCUAAGGUCUUCACGGUGUGCCUGGAAAGGGCUGCUGAUCACACAGGCAAGAAGAUCAGCAAGAUUGUUGAGUAUCCUGAGUACUUGGAUCUUCGGCCAUACAUGUCUGACACAGCUGGAGAACCCCUCCUCUACUCCUUAUAUGCUCUUGUGGUGCACAGCGGUGACACCUGUCUUGAUGGACACUUCUUCUGCUAUACAAAGGCCAGCAAUGGACAAUGGUACAAGAUGGAUGAUGAGUCUGUGGAUAAUUGUGGCAUCCACGCAGUUCUCAGGCAGCAAGCCUAUUUGCUGUUCUAUGCCAGAUUCUCUGAUUUGAAAAUGGAAGGAAUGGUGGCUUCCUCUCUGACGGCAUCCUAUGCCCAUUCUUUCCUCAGUCAGUGCGGGGUCAGCAGUGAGCAGGCGGGUUCUGCAGGGACAUACGGUCAACCUGGUAGGACUAUAUCAAUACAUUGCCAGAGGACAAGUGCCAGGGAGAUGAUCCAGAGUAGAUCCCUACAGUGGGGCAAUGAUCACUGCAGCUGGUUCAUGAACAGCACUGACUCAAACAACUCAACAGGGAGGAAGACAAAGAGAAGUACUCCUCCAGGUCGUGACCAUGCUGUCAAGGAUGGCACAGCUUCAGGGCCCUUCAACAGAAGCUGUCAGUGGGCUCCUGCACCCAGUGCUGCUUGGGUACAACACCUGCCAAGACAGAGAGAGCAAAGCCAGUCCUCAUGGCAGGGCUAUGAUCUUUGCAGACAGUUUGUGGAGAUCACAGACUACAACCAGUCAGUGAGGAGGAGGAGGAGUAGCUGGUGGAGAAGAAGCCGUCCACAUUGUGACCAAGAGCCAAAGGACAAUACACCAGAAGUGUCCUCGAAUGCUAGCUCCAAGAGGGCUACGGCACUCAGUGCUGCUUGGGAGCAAUCCCUGCUAAGGCAGAGAGAGCAGGGCAGGUCACCACAGCGGGGCUAUAAUCUCCGCAGACGGUUUGUGGAAAUCACAGACUACCACCAGUCAGCAAAGAGGAGGAGGAAACACUCAUUUGGAACAAACAGGCAGAAAAGACAAAGCCAGAAUUAAAACCCGUUGUUAGCCUUGUC